UCCAGCGGGUGUCAGCGGGGAGUCAUGAAGAGGAGUGGCACACCAGUGUGGGACAGAAGGAGCUACAGGCCCCCUCCCACAUUAAAGAGGAGCAGCUUCAUGAUGAAGAUGAAGCUCAGUCCUUACAGCUUCAUCACAGUCAAAGUGAGGAGAACAGAGGGGCGGAGCUUGUAAGUCAACACAUCACAGAAGCUGAUGGAGAGCAUUGUGAAGAUAUCAAGUCAGAACCAGACAGCAUCUUUGCUCCACUGUCAGACAUGGACCACAUGAUGUCACACUCUUCUGAUCACAGUGACCACAUCCAAAAACCUUUGGAGAGUAAAAAUGACUCUAAAGGUGAUACGAGACAUCACACUAACGACAAACACUUUGACUGCUCUGAUUGUGGGAAAACAUUUAGACAGAAGAGUCAUUUUACAGUACACAUGAGAACACAUACUGGAGAGAAACCUUUUGCUUGCUCAGCUUGUGCUAAAAGAUUCAACACUAAUAAGGAACUUAUAUUACACGUGAGAACACACACAGGUGAGAAACCUUUUAUGUGCUCCGUUUGUAAGAAGAGUUUCUCCACAAAACAGUACAUGACCACACACAUGAGAAUACAUACUGGAGAGAAACCUUUUGCUUGCUCAGCUUGUGCUAAAAGAUUCAACACUAAGAAGGAACUUAUAUUACAUGUGAGAACACACACAGGUGAGAAACCUUUUACUUGCUCCGUUUGUAAGAAGAGUUUCUCCAAAAAGGAACACAUGACCAGACACAUGAGAACACACACAGGUGAGAAACCUUUUGCUUGCUCUGUUUGUAAGAAGAGUUUCUCCAGAAAGGCACACAUGACCACACACAUGAGAACACACACUGGAGAGAAACCUUUUGUUUGCUCAGCUUGUGCUAAAAGAUUCAAAUCUAAGAGGGAAAUGAUAUUACACAUGAGAACACACACAGGUGAGAAACCUUUUACUUGCUCUGUUUGUAAGACGAGUUUCUCCAGAAAGGAACAAAUGACCACACACAUGAGAACACACACUGGAGAGAAACCGUAUAGUUGCACUGUGUGUGAUAAGAUGUUCAGGUUUAAGAAUCAGGACAGUAAACACAAGUGUGUAACAGUCAUGGAAGCUGGCAGCGUGGACUAUGAACAUGAAACAGAGUGUCAGGAGUGUGUCAAUAGUGUGAUGUUUCCAGGCUGA